AUUCAACCUUCAUAUUCUUAUUACUAGUUUAGUACAGAAACAGAAUCAACAAUUUCUCAAUCAGAUUUUAUUACCAUGAUGUCUCAGAUUCACUCAAGUUCUUUGAUUGCAACAAUAAUAACAAUUGUUGUUACAACACAAAUCAUUGUAGUAGUAAAUUCCUUUUCAGAAUCUGAUAAGAUAAGCAGUUUACCUCAGCAGCCAAAAGUGGAAUUCCAGCAAUAUGCUGGUUACAUUACAGUUGAUGAAGUGCAGAAAAGAGCUUUGUUUUACUACUUUGUUGAAGCAGAAGUUGAACCGGCUUCUAAACCAGUAGUGCUUUGGUUAAAUGGAGGGCCUGGUUGUUCAUCUGUUGGAGCUGGAGCUUUUGUGGAGCAUGGACCAUUCAAACCAACUAAAAGUGGUCUUAUUAAAAAUGAUUACAGUUGGAACAAAGAGGCAAAUAUGUUGUACUUGGAAUCACCAGUGGGGGUUGGUUUCUCCUACUCCACCAAUGAAUCAUUCUAUGACUUUGUCAAUGAUGAAAUGACAGCAAAGGAUAACCUUGUUUUUCUACAAAAUUGGUUCACUGAAUUUCAAGAGUACAAAAAUAAUGAUUUCUUUAUUACCGGGGAGAGCUAUGCAGGUCACUAUGCACCUCAACUUGCACAACUCAUUCUUCAAACCAAAAGCAAAAUCAAUCUCAAAGGAAUAGCAAUAGGGAAUCCUCUUCUUGAGUUCAACACAGAUUUCAACUCAAGGGCUGAGUUUAUCUGGUCUCAUGGACUGAUAUCAGAUUCAACCUACGAAACCUUCACAAAAAUAUGCAACUAUUCCCAAAUUAGAAGACAAUAUCAACAUGGAGCACUUAGUCCCAUUUGUGCAAGAGUGAAUAGACUAGUCUCAAUGGAGAUUAGUAGAUAUAUCGAUUCGUACGAUGUUACUCUUGAUGUCUGUCUGCCAUCCGAAAAUCAACAGGCAUAUAGGCUGACUCAACUGCAAGAGAGAGAUAAAAUAGAUGUUUGUGUCGAAGAUGAAUCAUUCGCAUACUUGAAUAGAAAAGAAGUUCAAGAAGCUCUCCAUGCUAAGCUUGUAGGGAUCAUCACCACAUGGUUUACUUGUAGUGAAGUUCUCAAAUAUGACAUGCAAAAUCUAGAGGUUCCAACUAUAUCUAUUCUAGGGACACUCGUUAAAUCAGGUGUAAGAGUACUAGUAUACCGCGGAGAUCAAGAUUCAGUUAUACCUUUAACCGGGACACGUUCUUUAGUAAAUGGAUUAGCCAAAGAAAUUGGGUUGAACACAACAGAGUCCUAUAGAGCUUGGUUUAAGGGAAGACAGGUAGGUGGAUGGACACAAGUAUAUGGUAGUAAUAUUUUAUCAUUCGCAACCAUAAGAGGAGCAGCCCAUGAGGCUCCAUUUUCACAACCAGGGAGAUCAUUGGUGUUGUUUAAGACAUUUUUGGAAGGAAAAUCACUUCCAACUAUUCUCUGAAAUAUGAAUGAAGUGUGACUCUAUUUGAUCUUUGAUCCUAUGUAAUCGAUUCUGCUUAUGAGAAGAUUUGUUUUCACUUUCAAUGGAUACAAGUUAUUACUAAAUGGUAUUUCUAUUAAUCAAAUACAAAGAAAAUCACCUUUGUGGUGUCUCAAUAUUUGUUCCGUUGCAGAUUUAGUAAGAGGUCAGUUUUUAGAAAUGAUCAGGUACAGCAUAUGAAUCUCGUUGCAGAGGGUUUAACAAUGAUCUGAAGAGGCAACAUUUGGAAUGGAAUGGAAUGUUAUGAAUGAAUUUUUACCUUAUACUUC